ACUGCCUAAUUCCUGCAUUAGAGAACAGUCAAUCCAAACUCUACUCCUAUAACUUUUGUACCCAUAAAACCAUUCUUUCAUCUUCAAGCAAGAAUCCGGAGAACACCCAUAAUUUUGGACCUACAAUCAUCAAGAGCUAGCUAAAGAUUCAAUAAUACAAUAAAGCCCUGAUAUGAAUUCUGUUGUUUCCGAGCUUGAAGGAACUCUCCUGAAAGAUCCUGACCCUUUUUCUUACUUCAUGUUAGUAGCAUUCGAAGCGUCGGGUUUGCUUCGUUUUGCAUUGCUGUUGAUGUUAUGGCCUGUGAUUUUCUUUCUACACAUGUUAGGAAUGCAAGAUCACGGACUGAAGCUAAUGAUCUUUGUUGCUACUGCUGGCAUUCGUGAAUCGGAGAUCGAAGUGGUGGCAAGAGCAGUUCUGCCGAAGUUUUUCAUGGAUGAUAUUGACAUGGAGGCAUGGAGUGUCUUUACUUGCUCUGGUAAAAGAGUUGUUAUCACUAAAAUGCCUAGGAUUAUGGCAGAAAGGUUCGUUAAGGAGCAUUUAAGAGCUGAUGAAGUUGUUGGAAGUGAACUUAUAGUGAACCGAUUCGGAUUCGCUACAGGUUUUAUCAAAGGUGUUGAUGUUGAUUCAUUUAUCUCCAGUCGAGUUGCUAAGCUGUUCAUCGACGAAAAGCCUACGUUAGGAUUGGGAAGAACUGCUUCAGGUUCUUCGUUCUUGUCUUUAUGCAAGGGUCAAUUGCACCCACCAUUUAUCGCCCACAAGAAGCAGCAUGACCACCAGCUAAUCCGCCCUCUCCCGGUGAUUUUCCAUGACGGUCGUCUUGUCAAGCGUCCAACACCAUUCACAGCUCUUCUAAUCAUUCUAUGGAUCCCAUUAGGCAUCAUACUCGCAUUAAUCAGAAUUCUGGUGGGAGUAAUGCUACCAAUGUGGGCUAAACCCUACUUAUCUCGAUUACUCGGUGGCAAAGUCAUUGUCAAAGGAAAACCACCACCACCCCCGGCCGAUGGCAACAAAGGUGUCUUAUUCGUGUGCACUCACCGCACUCUAAUGGACCCAGUAGUCCUAUCCACAGUACUAAAACGUAAAAUCCCAGCAGUCACAUACUCAAUUUCACGAUUAUCAGAAAUUCUAUCACCAAUCCCAACUGUUAGAUUAACAAGAAUUCGCGAGGUAGAUGCAGAGAAAAUCAAGCGCGAAUUAGCCAGAGGUGAUCUAGCGGUUUGUCCAGAAGGAACAACAUGUAGAGAACCAUUUUUAUUAAGAUUUAGUGCACUUUUCGCUGAACUAACGGAUCGGAUAGUCCCAGUGGCUAUGAAUUACAGGGUAGGGUUUUUCCAUGCAACAACAGCUAGAGGAUGGAAAGGUUUGGACCCGAUAUUUUUCUUCAUGAACCCUAGACCAGUAUAUGAAGUGACAUUCUUGAACCAGUUGCCAGUAGAAGCUACAUGCUCGUCUGGUAAGAGUCCACAUGACGUUGCGAAUUAUGUGCAAAGAAUCUUAGCAGCUACGUUAGGGUUUGAGUGCACAAAUUUUACUAGAAAAGACAAGUACAGGGUUCUUGCAGGGAAUGAUGGAACUGUAUCUUAUACUUCCUUUCUUGAUCAGAUCAAGAAAGUGGUGAGCACUUUCAAGCCCUUCUUUCACUAAUUAAAGAUGAUUUGGUUAUAUGAGAAUAAAAUUGUUUUUUUUUUGUUGUUGUUGUUGUUAAUUGGUUGUAUUUACUUGAAGGGGCUCUUUUUUUUUUUUUUAAUUUUGUAAAAUUUAAUGGAUUGCUUUGUAUUAUUUUUUGAAACAUUAUUUCUGGAAUUGUUGAAUAAUGAUGUAUAAUGUAUAUGGGUAAUGUUAAAAUAAUAAUUAUUUUUAAUGUUACUUAUCCGGAAUUAUUAUUAGAAUGGAUAACGUCUAUUUGCUCUUUCUUUGCAAAACUUGUAAUUAGCAUAUAUAUAUAUAUAUAUAUAUAUAAAAUAGUUAUAUCCAAUGUUAUCUUACAUGAGGGGACAAACCCUUAUC